UGGAUAUGGGUAUGUCGAUGGCUCCGACAAGCACAGGCAUGGCUAUGCCGAGCAUGACUAUGACACCGACUGCCAGUGACAUGAUGCCUAUGGCAACCUCAUCAGGCGGUAUGGGCGGUAUGGAUGAUGCGAUGGACAUGAUGGGUGGAUGCAAGAUCAGUAUGUUAUGGAACUGGAACGUAAUCGACACAUGCUUCAUCGCAGAGUCCUGGCACGUUCGCUCCAAAGCCAUGUUUGCCGGUUCCUGUAUCGGUGUCGUCCUCCUCGUCAUCCUUCUCGAGUUUCUGCGCCGCGCAGCCAAAGAGUACGAUCGCUACAUCGUCUCACAGUAUUCCAAGAAGUUCGCUCCCUCGACAAUCGGUUCCUCUGCCUCUUCUUCAUCAAGCAAUGACGGCACGACUAAGACUCCCGCCGCUACAACUACAUCCGCUGCUAGAGCACCUACACCCAUCACAACAAGCAAAUUCCGACCGAGCGUUAUGCAGCAGGCGAUCAGAGCGGCACUGCACAUGUGCGCAUUUGCCGUGGCCUACUUCGUUAUGUUGUUGGCUAUGUACUAUAACGGAUACUUCAUCAUUUGCAUUUUCAUUGGUGCAUAUCUGGGCUACUUCAUCUUUGGGUGGGAAAGCUUCAACCUCAGCAGUGGCGGCGAUGACCGUAUGCAGGAGAACGCUACGGUCUGUUGCGGAUAAAAAGACAUGAUAUGGUCGAUUCAGUAUCGCACGGUUGUUGUACCACAUAAUUUGAAGAUGUGCGAAGGAAUCAAGACUUCACUGGAUGGAAGAAACACUCGCUACGCGAACAUUGUGUUGGAACAAUUGAAUUUCUCAUCUGGUAUCACUUGGGCGUCCUAACGCCCCCCUUCCCCUAGUGAUCGCAUGUCUUCAAAAAUCAAGUAGACACGGUUUGUUCGAAACCAACUUGUCACGCUCUCUGCGCAUACUCUCCUCGCAAUUAGCUGGCUUAUUUA